UGGAGAGGAUUUACGCCCCUGCACUUCGCAGUUGCCAAUGAGAAAAUUGACACUGUUCGAUUACUGCUGGAACAUAAGGCCGAUGUUGACCGUCGGGAUGCGGACGGGAUGACACCGCUAAUCUGUGCCAUUCAAAGCAGGAGUGAUGAAGCGGUUUCUCUGCUGUUGGAGUCCAUGAACAAUGAAAUGGACGUUGCACCAGGUCAUGGCAAGCAGCCUUUGUUGCAUGCGAUCGACACCCGUAAAAAUUCAACCAUCAAGAUGGUGCUCGAGAGAACCACUCUUUUUGAUGCACCAGAUCACAAUGGUCGCACUCCAUUCUUACUCGCUGUCUUCAACAUGAAUGUGUCGGCUGCUAAGAUGCUACUGGACAGAUCAGCUAAUAUCGAAGCCAGAUUCGGGUCGACUCAGCAAACGGCGCUGAUGGCCGCGGUCGGACGAGGCGACAGGGCCAUGGUCAGGGCCUUGCUGGAGAGGAACGCCAAUGUGCACGCCCAGGACACCAAAAGCGAGGCUGGACAGACCGCGUUAUGCUGGGCAGCCUAUAAUGGUGAUCUAGCAACGAUGGCAUUGCUCCUUGACAAGGGCGCUUGCAUCGAAACUCGAGACUCUCGCGGUCGAACGCCAUUGAUGCAGGCCUGUUUGCGAGGUCACCUGGAAGCAUUUAAUCUGCUUGUCUCCCGGUCUGCGGACGUACACGCCGCAGAUUGUGAUCGCCAGACCCCUCUAAGCAUGGCAGCAAAGACGAAUCACGUCGAUAUUUUGGAUGCACUUCUCCAGCAAAAUAUUGAGAUUGACCGAAGGGACAGCGACGGCCGGACUGCCCUUUCGUGGGCUGCGGGGAAGGGCCACGCCGAGGUUGCAGAGAGGCUGGUGCGAGCUGGGGCGGACGUGGCCAAGGGGGACAAGAGGGGCCAUACGCCCUUGUGGUGGGCGGACAACGCCGGGCAUGAACACAUUGUAAAAUAUCUGAUUUGA